ACCGAUUACAUACUGUUGCACUUUACAACUGAAAGCGAGUAGAGGCGAACCGUAAGUACAAUCUUUUCAGCUUGUUUGCAUGUGUUAAUUUAUCGACAGAACUUCUUGUCCGUGCCAUUUUAAACGUAGAACCAACAAGAAAUAGAAACACAGCCUCUGUAGACGCUAUCUUAAGGGAGCUACGUCUCCAUGUCACGGCAGUGCAAAUGUGCGAGAUCACAAGCUUCCGCCAUUUUUAUCUGCCACGUUUUAGCUGACAUAAAUCUGUAACAGUUCAUCAAAGAAACUUCGAUUCAAAGUUUUUCUUUCCUGAUAUUGGUUAAAUAACGCGGCUCAGUCAUAAAGAGCUAAAUUUUGUGACAGAAAUGAGAUCGAAGCUUAUUCCUUUAUUCCUUUUUGGUAGAAAUGACGUCUGUAAAACCACACGCGCUAAAUGUUUGAGUUCAGAUGACUCAGAGCAUAUUAAAGAGAUUCUCAUAUCUACUAAACUUAACGAGGACAAUGUUUCUAUUUUUUAACACACCGUCUGUAAAAACAGCAAUGUACGUAAGUUUGCUUUUCCUUCUACGUAAGUUUGCUUUUCCUUCUAGGAAAAAUCCCCGAGGGGAAUUCCCAUAUGAGAGUGACGGGAUGUUUCGACUCGCUUUGGGGUCAGAAAUUUCAGAUUUUGGUCUCACUUGGGGUGUUUGGGAUGGAACGUCAUUAUAUUUGCCCAUUCAAGUAUCGAUUAGGGCUGUCCAUAAAGAAAUUAACGAAAAAUACCGUGAUUUCUGGUCUCCUUUAGGGGUCAGUUUAUGUUUGAGCCACACCCGCAUUUGGUCUCCUUUUAAUUUUCCGGCGAGCAUCCCCGUCACUUUUACAUGGGAGCUCUUGACUGCUUCCGCACAUAUGAGUCUACUUGUAGUGUGAAUAUGUUUUUUUUCGGAAUCAAAACAGGAAGUCUAUUAUGUGAUGGGCACUAGCCAGCGUAGUCUCCCUCGCAGCCGUUUUUUCGUUGCGUGACAUCCAAAAAACGGCUGCGAGGGAGACUAUAGCCAGCGCAGCAGUUUUUUUCUUUUCCUUUUAGCCAGGGCGUCUAUUUUUGCCUUCUCCUUGUACGGCGUAUUCACGCCUACGCCUUCUCGGUAACGUAUUAUCCGCGCGGAAUAAUGAGGCCCUGGGAUUAGAUUUAAUUCUACAAUUAGAUUCUGCAAGUGGUGCAUACACAGUCUAUUUCAUGUUCUCAAGGAAGUGCUCUCUCUCUUUGUCGACUGUCAAACAACAGCGUUACAUCGUAUCCUCCUUUUGACUGUUGGAUAAAGGUUCGAAAGGAAUCUUGACUCAUUUUAUGUAGGAAACGUCUUCUGACGUCAUAGACUUCCUGUGUUUUCCGAGAAACAGCUAUUUAAUGAUGUCAUUAGGGACCCCGGUUAGGGACUUUAAGCACAUCGCUACGACCUCUACUUCGGCGGCCGAAAGUAAAAGAGCUCAAGAAUGACGGACUGCGCAGGCUUGGAAAUGACCGUUCGCUGUAACGCCAAAUCCUACAACGUGAAGACCUGUCUUGUGGCGUAGUCGCUACUACGUUAGUAUAAAAGUCGACUUUUUUCCUAUUUUUUACAAUCACUGGUUUUCAAACCCAUCGUAGAUAGUUUUUCACUUUAUCAAGAAAUUAUUUUACGCUUCUGGUUUUUCAGUAAUCACGUCCUCCCUGCGUUUUACAGCGAACGCAAAUGAGCGAGAAACCCCGUAGUCACUUGCUUAAAGUUGAAAUUUGGUGGACGAUAGUGACGUACUUUCCCCAAGACUCCGCAUAGUAAACAUCACCGUAGCGUUUUGCCUAAAGUCCCUAUUGACAGUUGUGUCGGUUGGUAAUUCUACAAGUAACGAGACCACAUUCCAGACUUCCUAUUGAGGAAUAACUUUCCAUUAUGGCAGACAUUAUAAACACAAUAUCGGUUUUUAUUAACUUAUAGUUUCGAAAAAUAUAUCUCCAUAAAUGUUGUACACGAAUUUUCUACCAUAAUAAUAAUGAUAUUUAUUGAUUUGUAUUGCGCAAAUAUCAAUCCAGAGAAAGAAAUUUUCAUCUGCGCAUUACAUAAAUUCUACUUACAAAUCCCAUUUAAAAAACUAUGUUCCAUCCUAAUUCUAAAAAUCCUAAACACAAUGACUAAUUACUCCUUAAAAUCCUAUUUACAAAUCUUUUUUUGUAAAAAUAAUAACAACAGUGAACUAGCUGGGAAACGCCUUCUGAAACAAAUGAGUUUUAAGAGCCUUUUUUAGAACCAUUAACUGAAGGUACAUUUCUAAUAGAAAGGCGAAGAUCGCUCCAUAAUCUUGGGGCAGCCAUAUAAAAAGAUCGAUCACCCAGCGUGGUAAAAGACUUGCAUGAUGGAAUGUUAAGACGUUUGCCGUCAUUUGAUCUUAGACAAUAUCUAACUGCAGUGCAUAUUAUUUAAGUGCAGUUUCCCUGACUAAGGGCCUGUUUACAUGGAGGUGGAAGACCUCAGGUAGGUGAGGUAACCCGCCUGUCCUUAUAAUCUCUCACUUUAAUUUGAUCACAGUUACAUGAUAGGUGGGGUGACCCGCGACAUGUUACCUCACCUCUCUGGGGUCCCCCAACUCCAUGUAAAUAGGCCCUAAACAGAUACCAAACAGCCGCACAAGAUAAAGAGGGGAUCCACGCAUGCGUGCAAAGUAAAUCACCCGAAGUGAAUUUUUCUUGACUUUAGGAAAUAAUUUUUAUUUUUUUUAUUUCUAAACUUCAGGUAAAAACCUUUCUGGUUGCAUAAAUUACAUUUUUUGUUCCGAUUCUUAAGUUUGAACAAGCAGGUGAGUCGGCAAAGGCAAAUUAGUAAACCUUACCUAACUUAGUUACUUAUGAAGUAAUGUUAUGUUAUGUAGCAUAGGGAAGACAACUUGAGUCUAGGACUUGCACUGAAACGCGCAAACCAUAUUUUCCCUCGUUAACACCUGCAAAGGCAAAGGCUUAUGGCCUUACCUCUACAGUCAACUCAUUCCUCUAUAACGGACACCUUUAUAAGACAGACACCUUUAAAGUCGGACACCAGGAGUUUGUCCCUGCCGAUUGUCAGUCAUAAUACGCGUUGUGACGUGAUCAACCUCGUUUCCAAGGCGCUUUUGCCUUCACUUUGGGUUUCCUAAGGCUAAGGGUAAAGCGCCUUAGGGACUAGGUCGGGUAUGUGAUGUAAUAAAUGUCGUGACGGAAUACACCAUGUAUUACCAGGAACCCGUUUCUCGAAGGUCCUAAACUGUUCCCGGAUCCGAAAAACAGAUCAGGCUUUUAGAAAUAGUAUUAAAAGCAAUACAAUUACAAAAUUAUCAGUCAAAUAGACAAAAUGGACUGGGCUAUGAGUCGGGACAGGUACUACUAUUCUUAUUAUUUUUUUCCCGGGAGAAAAUCUCAUAUUAAAGUGAUAAGGAUGCUCUAUGGAAAGAUCAAAAUUAAAACCCUAAAGGAGACCAAUAUGAGCGUGGCUGAGGCUUUAUUUGAUACCUAGAGGAGACCGAUAUGAGUGUGACUCAAGCUUUAUUUAACCCGUUAAGGAGACAAAAGAGACCAAACUUCAACACCGUGUAGGAGCCGGUCCUGACAAUAUAACAGCGUUUUCUUUUUUUAUACGAGAUAUUUGUUUACGCACAACCCCACGAGAUACCUCAUGGGCAAAAAUGUUGGCUUUCCGCCAGAACACCAUAGGUGAGGCCAAAAUAAGCGUACCCCUAGGAGAUUGGGCCCCGAUAAGUUAUUGUAACCUAGGAUUUCAGGUUAAUUUUACAUGUGGCUCAAAAUAUCAUUUAAUUCACAUUUUAUUCAUUUUAACUUUUAAUUUGUCUUUAGAAAAUCAGUACUGCCAUGAACAAUCUAGAACAGCUCGUAGACGCUUUAUGCAUUGGUGUAGGUGUUGCUGGGCUCCUUCUCAAAACCAAUCGAGUUGAAAAAGCUAUUCAGGUGUACAAGGAAUGCUUGGUCCUCCUAAAUAAUAAAGCCCUUGAAAAAGACAAGGAAUUCGUUGAGUUAACCACCGAGGUGAUUUACUUUCCACUGAUUAUCGCUUACCGUCUUAUGAAUAUCCCCGCGAGUGCCAUAGAAUGUGGAAGAGAACUCAUGGCGAUUCAACGAAGAACUGGUAAAAGAGACUUGGAAGGAAAGGUCAUGUUUGAACUCGCGAUGGUUUAUGAACAGCAACUUAAGUAUGAGGAAGCAAAAGAGUAUUAUUCAAAAGCACUUAAUAGCUAUAUGGCAACUGGUCAAAAACGAGAAGAAGCAUUCUGCUACGGUAAACUUGGAUCGUGUCUUAUGUCCUUAGGAGAAUACGGCAAAGCUAAAGAAUGUCUGGAAAAGGGAAUUGUCCUCUCAAAUCGAGUUGGAGUCCAAGAUGUAGGAUGCAUCUGUUAUAGCAACCUAGGAACUUUACUUUAUUCCCUUGGUGGGUACGGCAAGGCUAAAGAAAAUCUUGAAAAAGCUCUUGCAAUCAGUGAAGAGACCGGUGAUAAGAGAGGAGAAGCUACCUCUUAUGGGAACUUAGGAAACGUUUUUAAGUCCACUGGAGAAUAUUUAAAAGCUGAAGAGUAUUUGGGAACAGCAUUCUCGAUCCUAGGAGAAAUAGGCGACAAAAAAGAACAGAGCUUAUGCUAUUCUAGCCUAGCAACCGUCUUUCUGCAUCUUGGUGAAGGUGACAAGGCUAAAGAAUAUCUUGAGAAAGCGCUUGCGAUGGCAAAAGAAGUUGGUGAAAGGAGAGCUGUAGCCUCGUGUUACGGUAACUUAGCAACUGUAGCCCAUUCACAUGGUGAAAAUGCCAAGGCUAAGGAAUAUCUAGAAAAGGCACUUGUGAUUGUGAAGGAAGUUGGUAACAAGAGAGACGAAGCUGCAUGUUAUGGAAACCUUGGAGCAGUGUUACGGUCUAUCGGCAGCUAUGCUGAAGCUGAAGAAUAUCACAUCAGAGCACUUGCUAUGAAUAGAGAAAUUGGCAACGUAACAGGAGAGGGAAAAGAGUGUGGAAACCUUGGAAAUGUUUUUAUGGCUCUUGGUAAAUAUGCCAAAGCUAAAGAACAUUUCGAUAAAGCACUUCCAUUAGCAAAGCUUACAGGUGACCGAGAAGGAGAAGCUGUUCAGUGUAGAAACCUAGGCACUCUAUCGCAGGCUCUCGGUGAGUAUUCCAAAGCGAAAGAAUACCUCGGAGAGGCACUUUUGAUUGCAAAGGAAAUUGGAAACCAACGGAGGGAAGCCUUAUGUUUAGGAGACCUAGGAACUGUGUUUCAGAAUCUCGGGAAAUACGUCAAGGCAAGAGAGUAUCAUGAAAAAGCACUUACGAUUCACAAGAAAAUCGGUGACAGGGAAGGAGAAGCAGCAACUCUAGGAAACCUAGGAAGAGUGUACAAACGUUCCGGUGAAUAUGACAUGGCGAUGAAAUUUCUUUAUGAAGCACUUCAUUUGGCGAAAGAAAUUGGCAGCCGAGAAUACGAAGCUAAAAGCUACCAACAUCUAGGAACUGUAUUUCUGUCUCUCAACGAAAAUGCCAAGGCUAACGAAUAUCUGGAGAAAGCGCUAGUGAUGCACAAAGAGGAAGGAAGCAAAUCGUCUGAGUUAACGACCCACUUUUGCCUUUCGUUACUUAUGUUAAAAGAAAACCGCUUGCAUGAAGCUAAAGCACAUCUUUUUGAAAGCACGUCCAAGGCUGAGGAUAUGCGCAACCUACUGGGAGAAGAUGAUAACUUGAAGGUUUCGCUUUUUGACGAACAUGUUCAUUGUUACCAGUUUCUCAGUUAUUUGUUUUGUGCUAAUAAAGAUCCCUCAAACGCUCUCUACGCUGCGGAGCUUGGACGAGCCAGAGCCCUUGCAGACCUAAUGGUAUCUAAGUACUCAAUGGAGAAAGGGAAAUCAGUCAAUCUACAGUCAUGGGUUGGUAUAGAAGGGCUAAUAAAGAACGAAAGUCGCUGUGUGUGCCUAUAUGUGUCGUAUUAUCAACAAUUUAUAUUCUUAUGGUUACUCAAAGCAGGAGAACCAAUGCUUUACAGAUCAGUUACGCUUAAUAACUGCAAAGCAUUAAAACUCGUUGAAUAUUUGGGCGGUAGAACGCUUGGAAAUGUCAACUGUGAGGAUCGAUCUUGGUGUCCUUCAAAUAUAAGUGAGCCAAAGCGAGAAUCAGCAUCGAAUGGAGAUAGCGCGAACGUUUUCCAAAUUUCGACCGAAGAAACCCAAGAGAUUCUAGCUUUUUAUUACCAAAUGAUCAUCAAUCCUGUUGCUGACGUACUCGAGGAACCCGAAAUCGUCUUUGUCCCAGAUCGCGUCUUUUACAAAGUUCCAUUUGCGGCUUUAAAGGACCAGAGUGGUAAAUUUUUGUCAGAAGCUUUCAGAAUCCGCGUCGUCCCCUCUUUAACGACUCUGAAGCUUAUUCAGGACAGUCCAGCAGAUUAUCACAGCCAGACUGGUGCACUGAUUGUAGGUGAUCCCGAUGUUGGACAGGUGCAGUAUGAAGGUGAAAUUUGCCAUCCACCGAGGUUGCCGUUUGCGCUGAGAGAAGCAGAGAUGAUUUCCCAACUUUUAGGAACAAGACCUCUGGUAGAAAAACAUGCAACAAAGCAGGUCAUACUACAGAGCAUAAAUUCAGUGAGUUUGAUUCAUUUCGCUGCUCAUGGUAAUGCUGAAAGGGGUGAAAUCGUCCUUGCACCAUCACGCUCCACUAAUGCAAUUCCACAAGAAGAAGACUACCUGCUGACGAUGGCCGACAUCGCACAAGUUCGACUGCGAGCCAAACUGGUAGUCCUCAGUUGUUGUCACAGUGCGAAAGGACAGAUCAGAGCCGAGGGGGUGGUUGGAAUCGCUCGCGCGUUCUUAGGGGCUGGUGCGCGCUCAGUGUUGGUGGCAUUGUGGGCCAUAGACGAUAUUGCAACAGAGAAGUUCAUGAGCCGUUUUUACGAGCAUCUUGUUCGCGGGGAAAGUGCCAGUGAAUCUCUUUACCAGGCCAUGAAGUGGAUGCGGAGUAACGGCUUUUCUGACAUACAAGAGUGGGCACCCUUUGAGCUGAUUGGAGAUAACGUGACAUUUCAUUUUAAAAAAUAA